CCACAGUUGAGGCUUUUAUAAAUGGGGACUAUGCUCGGCUCUCUCAGUUGUUUAAUCCGCUUCAGAUUGUGCAACACGGAGGUCCACACCACAGAGACACCAUGACUCCGUCCACACCCGCCCUGCUCGUGUGUGCGCUGGUCCUCUGCGGGCUGGAGGACCAGGUCCGCUCCCAGAGAGGACUCUGCGCCGGGAAUCAGUGUUUCGCGUUUUUCAAGGAGCCUGAGGACUUUCCUGGCGCACAGAAGAGCUGCAAAGACUCCGGAGGACAGAUGUACACGCUGAGCCCGGAACACGUCCACGACAUAGUGAACGUCAGCGGGAUCUACUGGGUGGAGCUGUCCUCCGCCGAGCAGCCGGAGGAGGAAGCUCUCCACAGCUGCCCGUCCAUCUCCGUGUCGGGAGGCAAAAUCACGCUGCAACGGGAGCCGUGCCUCCACACCCGCAACGGGUUCCUGUGCCAGUACACCUUCGAGCAGCCUUGCAGUAGAGUCCAAACACGCCCAGGUGAACAGGUGACGUACACCACGCCCAUGGACUUUAAGGUGGACGAUUCAGAAACGUUCCCACCUGGAACCAUCGCGGUAACAGUUAAGGUUGGAGGUACGUAUGCGGAAUUGAGGCAAGUGUGCGUGUCCAAGGGUUGGAUGAAAGCUCCCUGGAGCUGUGAGGUGCUUGGGGGCGGCUGCGAUCACAAUUGCAACGCCGAGACAAAGACAUGCGUCUGCCCUCCAGGGAAAGUCCUCCAUCGCAACAACAUCUCUUGCACCGAGGAUCCCUGCGAGGAGAACCCGUGCACUGGGGAGGGCGAGGAGUGUGAGAACACGCGGGAAGGGUUCCAGUGCACCUGCAGAGACAACUUCAUCAAGGAGGAUGGGGCGUGUGUUGAUAACUCGAUCUGCCAGAUGUGCGAGCACAUGAUAUGUGUGAAGUUGGAUGGCGUUUACCAGUGCAGGUGCACGAAGGGGUUCAAGGUGGCAGACAACCCAACCAAGUGCGAGAUGAUCUGCCAAGGGAAGGACUGUCCAGCGAAGUGCAAUGUGAACGGAACGUGUUACUGCCCUUACGGCUACAUCACAGACGUCAGAGACGGGAAUGGCAGUCCAACCGUUUGCACCGACAUCAACGAAUGCGACAUGGGGCAGUGCGAGCACAAGUGUGAGAAUUUGUUCGGAAGUUACCGAUGCUCGUGCAACAAGGGGUUCGAGCUGCACCGGGACGGGAACACUUGCGUUUCCAUUGUAGAGGUGGAGGAGGAUGGAUCGGGCUCCACUCCUCGUCCGUACCCCACCACAGCCGGUGCUCACCCAGCCGCGGUGCCCUCUUACAUCAAGACCGGCAGCGUGCUAGGAAUCACCGUGUUUAUGGCGCUGUGCGCGGCCCUGCUGUUCCUCCUGGGCCGAAACGCGCUCAAGCAUUGCGGCAGUUUCCAGCUCUCCUCCUUUAAACACCCAGACAUCAAUAUUUUCUACCUGCAGCAGGUGACCUCGGAGACGUACAAGAGGUUGUCCCUGGACAAACAGUUGAAAAGCGAGUCAUAAAUACUUUUAAUCGCACCUGCUUUUGGACCUUUUCUUUCUCAUGUCACAUUGCACUGUUUUGUAUAGAAGUCAGAUCAACAGUAUGGGACUUGCCAUUGUAAAGCUGCCCUCAAUCACACACUGUGAAGCAGUAAUUUGUCCCCCGAACCAUUGUCUCAUUUACUAUGAAAAUAAAUUGAUUCACAAUGGCAAUUUUUUUUUUCUACUUUUAAUGUAAAUGCGGUGCCAGAGUGCCUAAAAAAACCAUUAACAUACAAUAAUUAUAAAAAGUAUAUAUAAUUGUAAAAAAUAUCUAAAAACUAAUGUAGUUUCAUAAGUUAUUAAGUCAGUUAAUUUGAAAAUAAAGAAUUUAAAAGAAAGAGUAGUCGGGGGUUGUUUAAUGUUAAUUCAUUUUAUCUGAUAAAUAGUAUCAAUGUUUAAAAAAGGCCCCGGCAGGGCAUGUUGAGUUGUUGUAAAGUCAUGGAUGUUGGACUUGAUUUUUUGAAUGUAAUAGAUUGUUAUAUGGAAAUGUUUUGUCUCACUUAUCAACCUUUUUGUUGCAGAAAAAAUGGCAACAUUUCCUUCUCCAUUAGGACAGUUUUUUGGACUUCUAAAACAAAUGAGAGGCUGUUACAUGGUACUAAAAAAGUUAGUAUGGUCACUUUUUCUAAUUAAAGGCAGUUUGCUCAAAAGCUUUACAAAUCCAACAACGUAAGCCUUAAAUUUUCAAUAUAUUCGAAAGUAAGGUUUUCGGACAGCAGAACCGGCCCUAUGUAUGAUUUCACUUUUCCCCUGUGUGAUACACUGUAUACCGCACUGCAGUUAAGUUUUUGUAUUGUAAAAAAGGAAAACAAAACCUUUGCUUGACAUCCUCGUUUUGCACACUUUUGUCUAUUGCAAGUAAUGUAACAUUCCCCAAAUAUUGGUUGUAACGUACACUGUAUUUGUGAACAACUUCAGUUGAAUCUUUAUGUUUUAUUGUCUUUCGGUAAAAUGACACUGUAAACGUUUAGCAUGGAUAAAAGGAGAUUUUUUUAGUUUGUGGUGUUUUGCGAGUGACCGAUGUCUUCUCAUUUGAUAUGCUGGUUUUACAUUUGUAUUCAAGACAUUUAAGACGGUCAUCAAGUGUCCUGACCACUAUUUGUUCCCGGUUGCUAUGGAAACCGUGUCCGAUAACUCAGUGUGUAUUCAGGCCAUUUUUCACAUGCAAUGAUCUGAUGGGGAUCACCCAAAAAUGACAAAUCCCCUUUGUUAAAUGUCCAAAAGUUUAAUUUAAUUGUAGACUUAAAGACAAGUGUCUGGGUGCAUCCUGUCUGUGUUGUGUUGACCUGUGACUCUCCAGGUCCUGAUCUGGGAACACCAUUAAUUCUGUAUAACACUGAGAACAUAGAGAACUAUAAACUGACUCACCUGUAAACAUUGUCUCUAAUAAUGCUGUGCUACCACUGACACAUGUGGUUGAAUGUUGUUGCCUUUACUGUAUAACAGACGGUUCAUGGAACUUUUAUCGGUCUGUGAAUCUUUCACAAUUGAAUGAUAAAUAAAGUGAUGAAC